UUUUUUCGGGAGAUUUUCGUGUGGCAAUCUUUGUCACACGAGAAUGUGCUACCAUUCUUAGGCGUCGAUCGUCAACUCUUCCCUGAAGAACUCUGCACGGUGUCUCCGUGGAUGUCCAACGGAGAUCUGUGUGAAUACAUACGCAAUCACGCUCUGGAUCCCUCGGUGGUCAACCAACUGCUGUUCGACUGUGCCACUGGCCUGCAAUACUUACAUUCUUGCGAUGUCAUACACGGUGAUUUGCGUGCCAGCAACGUGCUCAUCGCGCCCAAUGGGCGGGCGCUCCUGACGGACUUCAGCCUGUCACAUGUUGUCGCGGAGGCGGGUGUGGUGCUCACCUCCGAGUCCGCGUACAGUUUUAUUCGAUGGAACGCACCGGAGUACUUCAGGGAGGGGGUUUUAGUUAAGACGAGCAUGGGUGAUGUAUACUCGUUCGGGUGCGUAUGCCUCGAGGUGAGUAAACUCUCGCUCGACUUUCAUCAGUGGAAGCAUGACUGGACUCGUCGUCAGGCGUACACGCUUAACCAUCCCUUCCCGGAAACCCGAAACAAAGCACGGGUCUUAUGGCUAGUUCUCCAGGGCGUGAAGCCGGGGAGCGAUGUCAGGGACAAUCCGGAGCGUUUUGGAAUAUCUGCCCAGCUUUGGUCCUUGAUGGAGGAAUGCUGGGACGCCGACCCCUCCCAGCGGCCCACCGCUGAAGACCUGGUGGAGUCACUGCGAGGCGUGACACGGUCUCCCCCCAAAGUUGGCGACGUCGAGGAGUCUGAAGGGGCAAACCAAUCCUUACAAGAUAGAACCCGCACAUGA